AUGUCACGAUUUCCAAACGAGGAAUACAGCAGCUUUCCUUUGACUUCUACUUCUAUUCAUUCCGAGGCCAUUCUAGAAAACCUCUCUGUCCAGUAUGCCCGACCGCAUCCGAAGCUCAUUCCGCAGUUCGUUGCACACGGUGACUCGAAGUGUUUACCAGAAGUUUCACCGGAACUCAUUGAAGAGGCUACAACAAAGCGUGCUACAUGUCGAAAAUACUCCCCUUUUGCAACCGGAAGGGCGCGCAUCGCAACCGUCACAGCUCAUUUCGGCAAAUCGAAGGAGUACUACCAGAAAGCGUUCCGGACACACCUCCUCCACGCCUUGGUCCACGGAACCGAGGUCAGAGUGAUGUGCGAUCCAAUUGUAGAUGACCUGUGGAACAAACCGGCCUUCAUACUCAACCUGCUCAUGCGCGAGAUGUUGAAACCAGCCAAAGAACGUCUGGAGUGGAUUCAAUGGGUUGAUCGAGACACCAUCAUUCUCGACCAAUGCCGCCCUAUAUCGAGCUUCCUGCCACCAGAGAAAGCACGCUUCGGUUCGUGGUGGCGCCGCGACGAUGAGCAACUACAGACUCCGGCGAACACAACGCAUAUGCUUGUGACCAAGGACUGGAACGGUCUCAACAACGGUAUCUUUCUACUUCGUGUCAACAGUUGGGCGAUUGAACUCUUCACAGCCAUUCUUGCCUUCCGCCACUACAAUCCCGGCGUCGACCUCCCCUUCACCGAACAAUCUGCCAUGGAACACGUCCUACAGACCGACCAGUUCAGAGAUGGAGCGCACUUCGUACCACAACAUUGGUUCAAUGGGUACGAAGAAGGCGGAGCACAAAAGUUCGAAGAGAGAGAGGACGUGGAAGGGUUAGACAAACGUCAUGUAAGAAGAGGCGAUUAUCUGGUCCACUUUGCUGGGCGUGGAAAGAGGGGAGAUUUAUUGAAUGAAUGGAGCGAGAUGUUGAACAAAUCAGACAAUGUAUGGGAAAAAGGCAGAGUGCAGAGGGACGUUUCGGGUGAAGUUGAGGCGUUUUGGAGAGAUCUUGGGUAUGGGACAUGA